UACGCAAUCCGGAUGCGACGAGCGCUUUUGGUGACAGCGAAAAUAAUUACAAGAAACUGCGGUCGUCGGACCUGCAAACACAUUUUACGUUUAGUUUUUAUAAAGCACCAAUUACGCGAGUCUCGGAUGCGCGCAAAUCUGCCCCGCGCGCUUUCCGAUCUCUGCGCAGAAGAUCGUUUUGACCAAACCAAACCAGGAGGAACAUCUGGCUGCUCUUCUUAGCUUCAAGAGUCAUUGAAUGAGACUUUAGCAUCGGCUAGCAUUGUUUUAGUUUUAGACCACCGCUGCUCGGAGAGGCCGGAGGACGCGAGGGGGGCACACAGUCGCUUAAAUCCGCGGUGGAAACGGUGCCAGGCUGGCGCAGAUCGUGACGUGCCCGUGGAUCAUGCGCGACACUGGGGGGAGCCUUGCCCAGAACCGCUGGCAGGGAGACCUGGGGCUGACGGCGGUGGGCCAGGACGACACAGGGGGAGGUGGGAUCCCAGCUGACCACCUGAUGGCCCCAGUGUCAGGCCACAGCAUCCCCAGCCCCAUGCACCUGAAGCUGGGCCAGAAGGAGCCCGUGUGGAUGGGCGAGUACGUGGAGGACGACGACCAGGACAACCUGGCCAAGAUGGAGAGCAUUGAUGGAGAGGAGGAGAUGGAGGAGGAGAGCCGGGAGCAGGGCCCCUGGGAUGAAGGAGACGCUCUAGUGGAUGAGGAGGAGUACCACGUACAUGCUCAGUGGCCUGUCCCUAAGAUGCCCUCCCAGGCUGCUGCAUACUCACACUUCCAGCAGGUUCCAGAGAAGUCGGACAGUGAAGAGGAGGAAGAGGGGGACGAGGAGGAGGACGAGGAGGAGGAGCUGGACGGGAGUCUACAGGACUGUCCCCCGGCUGCCGUCCCCUGCCUGAGACGGCCCCUCAGCUGGACCCGCAGGACACGCCGGAGCAUGGGUCUGGCUGGGCAGUGGAGGCGCUGGCGGCAGAGGGCCCAGUGGCUGCACAAGUGGAGGAGAGGGAGAGUACGGUACAGCCUCUACAGCCGAAAGAGGAGGGGCAGAGUGUACGGGCCGCGUACAGGGAGGGGCGACCGCAAGGGAGGCCUCGACGGGCAGAGAGAUAAGUAUGAGGUGGGGGCAGAGGGCCGUGACAGAUGCCUGGGCCUGGCAGAGAGACCAGUGCAACCGGCGCUCACAGAGGAGCACGUCAGCUGUGUUACAGGUUUCCUGGAGGAGGCGCUGCAGCAGUACGGCAGUCUGAUCCCGGUGCAUGUGGACGACGUCACAGAAAAGCUCCAGAGUGUCUUUAGCGAGAGCUUCUCCCAACCACACAGGAAGGCCGUGGUGCAGCACUUGAUGCAGUCGUUCCAGCGCUCGUCGGGCAGUGCUCUGGCCAAAGGCUUCAAGGUCAAUUACAAACGCCACGUCCUCACCAUGGACGAUCUAGGCACACUCUACGGACAGAACUGGCUCAAUGACCAGAUUAUGAACAUGUACGGUGACCUCGUCAUGGACUCGGUACCAGAAAAGGUCCACUUCUUCAACAGCUUUUUCUACGAUAAACUAAGGACAAAAGGAUACGAAGGAGUGAAGCGGUGGACCAAAAAUGUGGACAUCUUUAAGAAGGAGCUGCUGCUGAUCCCCAUCCACCUGGAGGUGCACUGGUCCCUGGUCAGUGUGGACAUCACGCGCCGUGCCAUCACCUACUUCGACUCCCAGCGGACACUCAACCGCCGCUGCCCAAAGCAUAUUUUUAAAUAUCUCCAAGCAGAGGCAAUCAAGAAAGAUCGACGAGACUUUUUGGACGGAUGGAAAGGCUUUUUCAAAAUGAAUGUGGGUCGCCAGAACAAUGACAGCGACUGUGGAGCCUUUGUCCUCCAGUACUGCAAGUGCUUGGCCAUGGGAGAGCCCUUCACGUUCGGGCAGCUGGACAUGCCCCGUCUGAGGAGACAAAUGUACAAAGAACUGUGUCACUGCAAACUCAUCCUGUGACCUCCGACCCAGCCCGACUCCCUCCUCCACCGCCACCACCUCCACCACCACCAAAACCACCACCUCCGGACCAACCGCUCGGACUGCCCCCCUACCCCCCCCACCCCCCACCCACUCCCCCGUCCACUCCCCCCUCCACACAAGGGACAGAUACAGUAAGGACACGCGGCCAUCCCGUUCUCCGCCCUCUCCGGACUCCACAACCUAACAGCACUCAUCGUCAAGUAUAGGCGUUCGAAAACCUCUCAUCGAAGGAAGCAUGGCUAAACCUAACGGCCCUCAAAACAAGCUCGCGAGUGUUAGCGGGGGUAUACAGUGAAUUGUCGAUGUAAAACUUUGAUAUUCAAUUCAUUGUGUUGUUCAUACAAAUAACAGUAUCAGAUUUUUGUUUUGUUUGUUUUUUUACAUUUUUUGGGGUGGAAGCGUACGGAUACGUCACUGUAAAAUGGCUUUUGUUUACUCAACGACGACAGGACAAGGCUAAAACUAACGAUCCACAAAACAAGCUAGAGUGUUAGCGAGGUAUAACGCUGAUAUUCAAAACAUUGUGUUGGUCAUACAAAUAACACGUUUUUACUUUUUGUUCUCUGGCGGACAUGUUUGAAGCACUCAGAUUCGUCACUGUAAAAAGGCUUUUGUUUACAUGACAACAACAGGACAUGGCUAAAGCGACACCCCUCAAAACAAGUUAACCUUAGCAGCGAGGUAUACGGUUGAUUGUGAAUAACUUUCAAAUGUUCAUACAAGUAUCUUUUUUUUUUUUCUUUCUUGGUCAGACAUGUUUGAAGAGUACGGAUAUGUCACUUGUAAAAAGGCUUUUGUUUAUUUGACGACAACAGGAUAUGGCUGAAGCUAACGCCGCCUCAAAACAAAUGAGGUGUUAGCGACGUAUACAGUUAAAUCUUAAUAACUUUCAAGUCACUGUGUUCAUACAAAUAUCUAAUUUUUUCAGCUUUUCUCGGUCGGACAUGUUUGAAGCGUAUGGAUAUGUCACUGUAAAAAGGCUUUGUUUUACAUGACGACAACAACAACAAUAGCAGCAGCAGAACGUGUCCCUCCACCUCCUUCAACCCAGUCCACUGCCCAAACCGAACAGUCUAAAAGCGUUGUGUCAAUCGAUUUCUGAAGAAAAGCCGUUUUUUGUUUUGCUUUUGUUUCUGGGUUCGGUUUUGUAAAAGAUUUUGAGAGCUACGAGGACCACAAAUACGCCAGUGCUUAGAGUCGACGACACCUGUUUUAUAUCUUCUAUAUUAUUAUUCUAUGGUUGCUCAAAUAAAUGUGACUUUUUUUCUCUUUUUUUUCUUUUUUUUUUUUUUUUGUAUCUUUGACCUUUUUUGCAUUGCGCAGCGCCUGUUGUAUCAUAGCCUCUCAGUCCCCAGUAUGUUCAUGUAGUUUCGGUUGUACACGUGUGAACUAAAUGUACAAACA